AUGAUACCCCGUACCGGCUGGCAUCAAGCCUGCCGUCGCCCUGUGCAAGGGCUAGCAAGGAACAUAUAUCCGACACUUUCUGCAACAUUGAAACCAAGUAAUCUAGGUCACUGCAGACCGUGGACUGUCACCGCUCGCUAUGUAACCGGACUGCAGGCAGGCGAAGACAAAACCGGCCACAUCAGCGCCGGACCCAACGAAGGAAUCCUCUUCUUCAACAAUGUGUUCCCCAUUCAGAUCCGCAAGGUCCUAGGACUUCCUCUCCCUGGGCUCUUCGACCGCCUCAUUAGUCCGGCUAUCUCAGGCACCGACCCCAAAGCCGUUAUUGAGCGAGCAAGCGCGAAACGAAAUCUCCAGAUUACUGGCACCGAGGUACUUCCGCGGACGAGAGAGGGAGGCGCAUUCGUCAAAUUCACGCAUGAUGGCAAUGCGUCUGCUUCCGAGAUCGAGAAAGUGCUGCAGCAGUACCUGAGAGAUGAGCCUGUCAAGCCGUGGUGGAGUCCGUGGAAGAGGAUGCGGGCUAAGAUGGUCAAGGGAAAACCUUGGGUGGAAGAUCUCAUGCGUCUACCCGCUUCACGCCUGCGAGUCGAAUUUGUGUCUGCUGAACCAGGCGUUCCAGCUUCUGAGGCUGUGGAGAUGAGCCAGGAGCAGCUCUUCCAGUUCUUCAGGCCUUAUGGCAAGCUGGGAGAUAUCGUUGUGCAACCUCCCGAUUCGAAGGUCCUUCCCAAGUUCGCGUAUCUGGACUACACUAGCAUCGGUAAGGCCAUCAUGGCGCGGAACUGCAUGCAUGGCUAUGUGGUUUCGGAAGCUGAGGGUGGGGGCAAGUUGGGUACGGUCUUGAGGUUGAAGUACGAGCAGAAGAUCAAGCCGCGGUAUAUCAGGGAUUGGAUCUUUGGCCAUCCGAGGAUCAUCAUUCCGAUCGUGGCGGCGCUUAUUGCAGCUCUUGUUGCUAUCAUCUUUGACCCCAUCCGCACAUUCUUCGUCAAGGCCCAUAUCACGCGCAACUUCCACAUCGAGGACAACAAGUGGUACCAAUGGAUUAAGGGCUAUGCUACAGACAUCAUUCACGGCGGCAAGACGCGCGAUGACGACGACGGCAUGGAUGCCAUCUGGGAUGAUAGGAAAGACAAUAUCGAACAGAUCCAAACCUGGUUGAUGGAGACUGCCGAGACUUUCAUCAUCGUCCAGGGCCCUCGCGGUUCCGGGAAGCGCGAGCUUGUGGUAGACCAAGCUUUGGAGGAUAAGAAACUCAAGCUGGUAAUUGACUGCAAGCCCAUCCAGGAAGCUCGCGGCGAGAGCGCUACCAUCAACGCUGCUGCGCUUUCUGUUGGAUACAGACCGGUAUUCAGUUGGAUGAACAGCAUAUCUGGAAUGAUCGACAUGGCCGCUCAAGGCGCUACAGGCGUCAAGACGGGCUUCUCGGAGACUCUUGACUCUCAACUCAGCAAGAUCUGGAAUACGACUACUUCGGCUUUACGACAAAUCGCGCUGGAUACACGACACAAAAACGACAAGGAUGCGCACUUGGGUGAUGACGAGUGGUUGGAGGCACACCCGGAACGCAGGCCGAUUGUCGUGAUUGACAACUUCCUCCACAAGAGCCAGGAAGGCGGUAUCGUCUAUGACAAGAUUGCUGAAUGGGCUGCGCGUCUCACAACGACGAACGUGGCUCAUGUGAUCUUCCUGACCAACGAUGUCGCAUUCAGCAAGUCGCUCUCGAAAGCCAUGCCAGACCGCAUGUUCCGUCAGAUCUCGCUAUCAGACUGCAGCCCCGAGGUCGCGAAACGAUUCGUAAUCACCCAUCUCGACGCCGACGUCGAAGACGACCCAGCCCCAAAAGACGGCUCCCCCAAGAAACUCCCCUCUCAACACCGCAACGAUCUCGACGAGCUCGAUACCUGCAUCGACCUCCUAGGCGGCCGCCUCACAGACCUCGAAUUCCUAUCCCGCCGAAUCAAGACAGGCGAGACACCCACCAAAGCCGUUCACGAGAUCAUCGACCAGUCCGCCUCGGAGAUUCUCAAAAUGUUCAUCUUUGGCGCAGAAGACGAAGGCGGGAACCGGCACUGGAACGCCGAACAAGCUUGGUUCCUCAUCAAAGAACUCGCCCAAAAGGAAAGCCUCCGCUACAACGAAGUCCUCAUCGACGAUAUUCUCAAAACAGGCGGUGAAUCCGUUCUCCGUGCUCUCGAACAAGCAGAACUCAUAUCCAUUGUUUCUGGUGCAAAUGGCCGUCCUUCUAUCAUUAAGCCCGGCAAACCUGUCUACCACCCUGCGUUCAAGCGCCUGACUGAGGAUAAGGUGUUGAAGUCAAGAUUGGAUCUGGCUAUCCUAACGCACCUGACGAAGAUUGAGAGUGCGACGAUUGACAAGUGUGAGAAUGAGUUGUUGCUGCUGAGUAAGUUGAGGAAUCAGCCUGCGCAGACUGCCGGGAGGGUGAAUUAUCUGCUGAGUAAGUUGAUGGUUAGUCAGGGGAAGGUGGAGAGGUAUGAGGGGGAGAUGAAGGGGUUGAAGAGGGUGCUUGGGAAGGAGUAUUAG